AUGUACUACAGACAACAACAUCGACAUCCCCCAUCUGUGAUGGGGGCACACGGUUUCACGACGGAGGUGGCUGGGCGUGACCGUGUACGGUACUUCCGUCGCCCCGUGGAGGCGCGCAGCAUCCCCACAACAUACGCUGAUAUCGAUAACGUCCGCUUUGCAACGAGUGUUCCCCCUACGCCGACGCCGACGAUGGACCUAUUUGAGGCUGCUUCCUUUUCAGGCCGCACGGCAUCUGCUUCGGGACAUAAGAAGGCGCGGCCGCACCACUUGCCUGCAAUAAAGCGCAACAUCUCUGCUGGAAAGAGGGCUCCAAAGGCACCCACGACACCAAUGAACGAGACUGGAGCAUCACGUGAAGUUGGGAUUCAAACUGUGUAUCGUGAGAACGAGGCACAGACAGAACCAUACACGCCAGAGUAUUACAUUCCAGAAGGUGGAGACCCCAAUCCGGAGGUGUUGGGCAUCCAUGAGCUCAAGUGGAACAACGGCCUACCUGCCGGUGUAGAGGAAGUGGAACUUAUUCAGCGGCUGCGGCGUCGACGCGCACUGGAGGCGUCGCUGCCGCCAGAGACAGAUGCAAAGUCGUCGCAGGUGCGUCACCGUGCCCUCUAUGAUCUGGAAGUACAGGAGCGCAAGGAACGUGAAGAACACAUGACGAAAAUGCGCCAACGCCGCCUUGAUGACAUUCGUGAUGCUCUAAUGGAACGAGAAGGGGCUCGAGAAGAGGCUAAUCGUCUCCGGCUAGAAGAGGCUAAGACACGGAAACUUGCGGACUUGAAACGUUUCAUUGAGCGAUCAGAGAUGAAGCGCAUUGCGACAACACAAAAGUUGUUGGGGGAUCGGGCCUCGAAAACCGCAUCCUCCGUGGCUUGUGGAAUGUAUGCUGUCGAUCCUGUUGAGUCGAACAAGCCGAAGAAGGAUCUGAUUGAGGCUUACUCCAGGUACGGUGCCUUCGCCGCCACCACGCAGGCUUCAUACGGUAGGGCCGUACCACCCACACCGAUGAGACCUUCCGAUCACUUCCGAUACUACGAUGUGCGACCUACCAUCCUCACACUUGAAGAGGGUAUAAAGGAGCUGGAAGAGGUUAAAGUACCGCGCAUUCAACGACUGCCAGCGAAUACUUUUGUAACUCCAGAUAAUGACGCCAUUAAUUCAUUGCCAACUUUGUAUCAGAGGCGUGAGGCAGCACGCGUGGUGGAUGCACUUGAAUAUGUUAAUACAAAGAUACAUAAGAGUGACUCCAGGGAGGAAACGAUGCGGGUGAUAGAACUGUAUCGUGCCACUCCUCGUCUUCAACGCCCGGAUACACCUGAGUUGGAGCUUGAAGACGAUGCGGAAGAGAGUGUGGAGGAGGCCUGUAUUCUUCUUCAGCGUCUACUCCGUGGUCGUGCGGUUCAGAAUGACUUCUUUGACGGCAAGGAACGAUGCCGUGGGCUUAUUGAGGAACUCCAGGCUGCAUCCAACGCCAAGUAUGCUGAGCGUAGUGUGGAGGAGAAGGAAGCAGAGGAAAAGGUUAAACGUCUUGAGGCUGUUGCUGACAGUUUUGGCGAUGCAGCGCAGGGCGAUAUUAUUGUGGAAACCCUGGAUUACCUCUUUAAUGAAUUGGAACGGCAACGUGAUCUUAGCACGCUGGAGGGGCUCCGCCGUGAGGCAGAGGCUGUUCGGGCAGAGCGUGAGGCGAAGGAGGCAGAGCUUCGUGCACAAGAACGCAUUCUUCACGACAAGGAGGCUGUGCAGUACGCCGCCUACAUUCGUGCCAUUGAUGACGUGGUUGAGUGCUACUCGCACCAACUUUACACCACGGUUGGGGAGGAGUGUGCAAUGGAGGAGGCAAUUGAUGCGGAGUGCAACCGCCUGGAGAGUGUUUCUCUGCUCUCUGUGGAAGUUCCGGACGCCGAUGUAACAGAAAACCAGGUAUGUGACAUGCUCGACAGUUUUGUGCUCCCUGCGGUGGUGGAUAUGGUGCGCCUCAGGUCGGAGGAGUUAAAGCGGAAGGCCCCCGCAGCUGUUGCUGUGGAGGAGGCAAAUGACACUGCUCCUUCGAAAGAAGGCGAAAGGCCCGUGUAG